AUGAACUGCUACGAGUCAGCACCCGAGCCAUAUGCAUCUCUCAUGAGAUACCCUCAUAUUCUAUCUAUAAUCCUGUAUUCCUUAGCUUUCAGAGCUCUUUGCAAAAAGCAAAAUGAGAAUUUCCAUUCGUUUAGUCGACUCCUUUUAUGGCACACAAUUGGAAGUUUUGUGUCGCAAAUGUAUUUUUCAUUUCUUGCAUUACCAGUGUCCUACCUCCCUUAUCCAGUAUACAGAAGCGCUGGGGUCUUCAUGUAUUUAGACGUGCCAGGUGUCUUAGUAAUGAAUCUGGAACUUAUACUUAUAACACAUUCCGCGUUAUCCACCAUUGAGCUAUUACGGUUCCGUCUCGAGGCAGCAAGACCGGACCGCAGUAAAUUUGACCCAAUUAAAGUUCUGGUCUACUUAUUCCGGUUGAAUUUAAUAGUCAUUUUCUUAUAUCUGACCAGCAGCACACCACAUGCAAUUGAGAAGCAGAAGGAGUACAAGUUUCAGUUUUCUCAGGCCUACCCUUCUCUCCCCGUCUCCAACCUCAUCCAAUGCCCAAAUGUAUUCAUUUUCCCACCAAUCACAGAUAACCAAUACAUGACGUCACUUGUAUCUAUGUGCUCUGUCACCACUACCACUCUAUUCCUGGUCGUUAUCUCAGUUAUAACUAUACCAUUCCGAAUUCGGGCUCUUAAGAAAACAGCGUCGAAAAAAACUAUAGAAGUGCAGAAAAUGUUUUUUGUUAGCGUCUUUCUUCAAGCAAUAAUCAAUUCCUUGUUUUUUAUAUUCCCAGUUUCCGAGUUUUUGAAGUUUGCCAUUGGGAACGAACUAACGGAUGGUGGUCAUUUCCAAUUAGUUCUCAUAUUGAUGCCAUACCAUGGAACUGCCGCCACAAUUAUCAUGAUAUGUUUCACAAGACCCAUUCGUGAUAGUAUAACAGGAACCUUCACGACUGGGAAAGUUGCAUCAGCGAAGAGUAUUUCUAGAACAAUGGCUUAA